AUGAGUUGCUUUGGGGAGCCCAAAGCGAGCCACGUGAAGUCGCGCAUCCGGGAGGAGGUGGUGCCAUGGCUGCACCGGGGGAAUUUGGAGGGCGCCACCGGGGGGCUGCGGCGCUAUAGCGCGGCGCCGGGGAUGAUGGCCCAGGUGGCCCACGGCCUGAGCGCCGGGCAGUCCUUUAGCUUUGUAGAGGUGGCGGGAAAGCAGGAGCUGCCCCUGGUGACGGCGCAUUCCAUUUCCACCAGCCAGCUGCCACAAGACUGGCAGAUCAGCACAAGCGUGCCAGCCCUGGGGGCCAACCAGAUGGCCUUCCUGCUGCGCGUGUGCUCGGAGGACGUGGCAGUGCUCAUCGGGGAGUGGCGAGGCUUCAAGCUGCCGGUGGUUGGGGUCCCGGGGGUCAGCGGCACUGCCGGCGACCGCUCCACGGGCCGGCGCGGGGUGCAAGGAAGAAAGGGCACCAAGGGAAAGCCCGGGGCAGCUGGAAGACUGCACGUGCAACUCUUCUCCCUCAAGUCCAAGAGCUGGUGCAAAGCGCGGGGGACCUGCAGCAGCCCCACCUUGCCAUCGACCUUCAGCAUUGACCUGGGUCCGCUGGGAGUUCAUGACUGCGCAAGCACCAUAGAGGUGAACAUGGCCACCGCCCGCCUCGGCGGCUGCACGUCUUCCGCGGACUGCGCGGUGGGCUACGCGCUGGCACUGGCCCUGGCCGCGCUGCACGUGGCGCUGCAGCCGCGGAUGGCGCCGCCGCAGGCGUCCAAGGCGGGCUCCGAAGCUCUCGCGUGUAGGAUGUGCCAUGACUGCUCCGGGGAAGCAUGCCAGAAGUGUCGAGAGGACGCGGAGACAAUCUCCACAUGCUGCUCCGGUGACUUUCAUGAUGCCGCAGUACCGGACAUGUGCCAGUCACAGGACAAUCCCUGCGCGGAUCUCCAUGGCCAAGAGGAGUUGACCUGCGCCUGGGGCCUGGAUGUGGCGAGAUGUAUGGCGGGGGUGUGCGACGGCGGCGAAGCGCUGUGCCUUGAGGAUACUACAAAGAUCAUGGCAUGCUGCGACCAACACAGACACUCCGUAGCCCCACCGCGGAUUUGUACAGAUGCGGUCUUGACCGAAGACGUGAGGUCUUGCGUGCUUGAGAAGUGCAAUGAAUGCCAGGGUGAGCAAUGCGAGUUGUGCAAGAAAGACCCACAGGUGCUCAGUCAAUGCUGUACCGAGCACCAGCAUGGGUUCGCUCCCCCUGCGAUUUGCAGGGUCGAGGAUUCCAGGUCGAUCCUUCCGUGA